CAUCGCAUCCGGAGCACGCUAAAGACUCCUGAUUCUCCGGGUCAAUCAGCUGAAAAAAAAAGAAGGAUCGCCUGCCGGUUUCCUGGAGCUGGGAAAACCUCCGAGCGCAGGAAAGACCAAAAGACUAUAUAUACAUAUAUCUCACUAUCCCCCCAAGUCAUCUUUGGUAGCCGUCGUCAUCUGACUGUUCCUUUCCGAGUCCCACCUUGCUCUCAAAGAUUCAAAAGGGCGAUUCAUUCGUCAUGCCUUCUGUCGCCUCUUCGCCUUCCGUCCUCGCACCGCCCUCCUUCGACACUUCUCCUCCUUCGAUGGAAACGUUUGGCACCUCGACCCUGCCUGAAGGCUCCGAUGCCUCAUCGCGGCGGCAGAGAAUCACCAUGGCCUGCCAGUACUGCCGUCACCGUAAGAUCCGAUGCUGCGGUGGCUCCCCAUGCCGCAACUGUGCUCGCUCUCAGAGGGAAUGUGAAUACGCCCCUGUUCCCGAGGAAGUCAACAGAGCGACCAGGGAAAAGAAAGCCAUGGCCAAAGCUGCAAAGUCGCAUUCGGUAUCUGGCUCUAUCACACCUGCCAGCGGCUGCAGUCCAGCAGCCAGUUCUGCCCCUUACUAUUAUCCAAACCCCUCACCCUAUUUCACCGACACUCCUGUAUUUGAGGGACCAUACAUGGCAGGGCCUCACCCGACUUCAAGCCCCAUGAACUCUAGACCCAGCGACUUUGCGCACCGACGAAGCUUCAGUGUUCCUAACUUUGAGUUACAAUCAUGGGCAGAGGGGACUCCAUCAGCUCCUCAGCUGCACUCACCUGCCAUGUUCGAAUCGCCACAGUGGAUGCAGCAUGGUGGAUGGAGUCCAUCUACUCAUCUUUCACCCGCUUCUUCUCCAUACCCGUCCGUCCUGGAGAGACCUAUGCGUCACUUGGCCAUCCACACCGGCACCAAUACGUCCGCUAACAGCACACCGGGCUCCACUUCGUCCUACAUCCCUGGCAAAGUCGAAGAGAUGCCACCUCUUCCGGCGGCCUGGUCCGCUUCGCAGAGCAUGUCACACUCUACGCCUGUCUCUCCUGUCUACUACACCCCUCAACCCACUCCUGGGGGUCCCUACCACACGAAUACCCAAGGACAAUCUCCUUACUUUGCUCAACCGGCUUAUAGUCGCCAUCACUCGGCUGCGGUCAUCAACCUCAACGCAGAUUCCUCACCGACUCUGGCGCCGGAAAUGGACAGCUCGUCAUCCGGUAAAGAAUUGGUCGGUCUCGGCCUGGGUGUCCCCGCCGCUCGGUACGACCCAUAUGGGCCUGCACACACUUUGUCUGAAGAAUACUUUGCCGCUCAGGCCGGAUACUAGGACAUUUCUCGCUCUCUACAUCAUACGGACGUUGUUUUACUAUUGUACAUUCGCUCUGAAACCACUUUCAUUAGCCAUUCAUCGGUUGUAAAUACUAUUCCCGAUUGCAUGGUUCAUCGUUCUCGUAGAAGCCUGAUGUUAGACUGAAUAUGACAUGAAUAAAAGAUGCGCAGCGAUAUACAAGACCAACGGC